CCACGAACUAUUAUCAAUAAGCAAGCAAAAAUGCGCACUGCUGAUAUCCAAAACUGGCGGCAAGAGAUAGAAACAACAGGGCCUGAGUAUUGCGACACGUUUUACGAUUUUUCUUGCCCCAGAGAUUAUCAAUUUCCUCAGUCCCUUCCGUUAUCGCCACCAGAUUCCCAAAGCGAGACCAGGAAACGACUCAUGGAUGAUGGCUCGGAGCCAGCGGCUAAGAGACGCAGGGGGCAAGAAGAUACUGAUAGGACACCAAGAGCCCCUCGAAGUCAGCGAACGAGGGGAUUUCCAACAACAUCAGAUGCCCCAGGCUUUGCGCGAGAUGCUCAAGCCCACUCGGUGACAGCAUCGCAAUCAACGCAAUCACAAGCAUCUGGUCGCUCGUCACCUUCGAAGCAACUCGCAUCACUUGAGAUCAGUCCCAGCGGGUUCGAGCCGCGCGAGUUCACCGUGGACGAUGUUGAUUUGCCACGGCAACUUUGCGACAUACUCGAUGGGCUACAGGAUAUUAAGAAUAGCGCAUUCGGGAUUAUCUCACGCGAUUUCGAGGAGGAAAUCACCAAACUUGCCAAAACCGAUCGUCAAUUUUCUCGGGUCCGAAGCCACAUGUUUGCGGACUUAAGCGUUCGCGAUAAAUUCGGCCCUACACCUUCUCCCGAGGACGCGCGGAGCUUGGCUACGGCAGCAGCCGAUUGCCACGUUACAGUGCAAAACGAAGCUGGAUGGAACAUGAUGGUACACUAUCCUCUCUUGUCCCUGGCCGUUUAUGGCUCCCAGCGUCAAAAACAGCUCGUUGGAGUCGCGCCUUGCACAACUGCCAAGAUCAUCCAGGAGUAUCUACAAUCGCCAACACAAGCCAAGAUGAUUGACUUUUGCAUCUAUCUCGAUCCAAAGGAUAACGCAUCACAAGUCGAAGAGGCGCGGAGGAUUUUACCAUGCGGCUAUGUCAAUCACACUGACUUUUAUUCGUUGCGCAAUCGUCCCAUCGCUCUGAGCAUUGAGACCAAGGGCGCGAGUAGUACGCCAGCAGGGUCUGCUGAGUUGCAGAUAGGGACAUGGCACUCAGCGCAGUGGCGGUUUCUGGAAGACCUGGUUUCACGCAAUGCUGGUUCUAUGGAUGGGCUGCCGUUUUUACCUGCUAUCAUCGUCCAGGGACAUCAGUGGAGUUUUGCUGCCACGACAAGAGAGGGGCAGAAGACGGUCUUGUGGCUACCAUUCCAGUUUGGUUCGACAGAUGAUGUGAUAGGUGUUUAUAAGACUGUCUUGGGACUUCAGCAACUAUGUCGCUGGGUUGAUGGUGUCUUCUGGCCAUGGUAUAAGAGAAACGCGCUGAGUAUAUCAGAGGAUAGGGAUUAUACAUCAUAGUUGUGCUUCAACCAUUAGUGGGUAGCAUGGAGUUUUGUGAAUUCCUUUAUGUAUUUCUGUAUUUUCUACAAGAUACCCAAGUAGCGUAUGCAGAUAUUGAUAAACCAGCCAGUCUAGAAACAGCUAGAGAGAAGAACCGUGCUACCUGGAACUCGUUGUUCGUGGUGUGACACGGGACACUGGGAUGAUAAACGGGACGCGUUUUGAGUUGCAGCUAAACGUCGAUA